AUGACAAAGAUUCCUGCAAAUACUAAGGUAAAGCUAUCGAUCGAUUUUGACAAAGCCAUGCUUCUCUAUGCGGAAUAUCCGCCAGAUGCCAACCAUGGCUUUGAAAUUGAACCAGCUGUCAUCGCAAUCAUGAACCCAGACACUGGAGAAUCAAUCUACCAGAUGAGAACUACUACGGCUUUGCUUACAUUGCCGACACCUGACUUCUCUAUGCCUUAUAAUGUUAUUAUUCUUACUUCCACUGUUAUGGCAAUGACUUUUGGCUCGUUUUUCAAUCUCUUAACAAAACGGACGGUCACAGAGGAAGAAGCAGAGGAAAUCAUAGAGCAUACUCCUAUUAGAAGGGCCAUCAAGAAAAUAAAGCAAACGGUAAAAGUUUUAAAGUCCAAGAUUGGAAAUAUUAAGAAGGAGUGA